AUGAAAUCGGUGUCGGGGGAAGUAGUAUCUUGUGAGACUUUCCCUCUUUCCAAAGCUGCUAGGGUCCUGUCGAAUUUUGUGGCUGCAGACAAUGGAGCAUCCCCUGCAUUUGCUGCUAGCAAGAGGAGGGAUCUUGAUCUUCGAGCUGUGAAUAACAGACACAGUGAAGAAGAAGAAGCUGGAAGAAUUGAUGUUAGUUUGAAUGUUGAUGUGGAGACGAGGAGGCAUAAAAGCAAGAAUAGGAGAGAUAGAGGUGAGGGGAAACAUAAGAAUAGGAGCAUGGAAGUUGACAGGAAUGUGGAAGAUGUAGGAGGGGCUGGGAACAAGUCAAAGAUAAACAAGGAAACCAGUGAUGGUGUUAAUGCAAUUCAAGUCAAGAAUGAUACAUAA